UCGAAUGCACUGCGCGGCCUGAAUCAACGGAGGGGAGCACUCCGAAGCACGCCGCCCUAGAGAACAUGUGAUGCCGAAAAGCCUCGGGCCUUGUGACAGCUGGCCAUAUAACAAGUUGCAUUUGAAUGGCAGCUUUGCCGAAUCGAUCGCGCUAACGACGAAACACAGUUCUCGCGGCAAGACGCGACAAUGAUCAGUGCUAUGUUGUGCACAGUUGUGGCCGUUUGUGCCCUUCUCUCGGUGUCCCAGGCUGCACUAGACACGUCUUACAAGGAGUACAAGUUCCGGACAAAGCUAGACCACUUCGCCUUUCACACCAAUAAGACAUUCGAAAUACGCUAUAUGAUGGCUGAUCAAUAUUGGGACCACGACGGUGGACCAAUAUUUUUUUACACUGGGAAUGAAAAAGAGGUGGAAACCUUCAUUGUAAACACGGGCAUCAUGUGGGACUGGGCACCGGAGUUCAAUGCCCUCGUAGUGUUCGCGGAGCAUCGUUUUUACGGCCAGUCGCUACCGUUCGGGAACAAAUCAUAUGAGAGUCCUCACAACCUUGGCUACCUCACGUCUGAACAAGCUCUAGCUGACUACGCAGACCUCAUUUUGCACCUGAAGUACACCCUGCCCGGAGCCGAGAAGAGUUUCGUGGUAGCCUUCGGCGGCUCCUAUGGAGGCAUGCUGGCUGCCUGGUUCAGGGUGAAGUACCCGCACAUUGUGAACGCGGCACUCGCCGCUAGCGCUCCCAUCAACAUGUCUCCGGGCCUUGUGCCAUGCGGCAAGUUCAACGAGGCUGUGACGGCUGCGUACGAACGGGAAUCCGAAUUGUGCUCAGCCGCCAUCAGAACAUCGUGGACCGAGCUCCAGAAGCUGGGAUACUCGGUGGCUGGCUGCGAACAGCUGAGACAGAAGUUUGGCCUCUGCCAGAGCCUGCAUCCGAGCAACUACACGCUCCUCAGGGACUGGAUCAAGGAGGUCUACGCCACACUGGCCCUGGUCAACUUUCCCGAGCCCUCCAAUCUCGUUGGAGCCGUACCCGGUAAUCCUGUCCGGGUCGCAUGCAAAGGCCUGGUGAAGGCUCCAGCCAACAACAAGUCGGCCUUGGUGGAAGCUGUUGCGAGGGCCGUGAACGUCCUAUUCAACAGCACUGGAAAACGCAGGUGCAAUGACCUGCUCAUCUACCAGCGCAAUCUCACAGGUUACAAUUUCCAGACUUGCAAUGAACUGAUGACGGCGACUUGCGGCAACGGUGUCACCGACAUGUUCUUCCCGUACACCUGGAACGCCACUGCCGAGAUGGAGCGAUGCAAGCAGCGCUUCGGCAUCACGCCAGAUUUUUACCGUACCAUCAUGCUCUACGGCGGGGACAGCUUUGACACGGCUACAAACAUAAUCUUCAGCAACGGUGAGCUCGACCCGUGGUCAGCCCUGGGCGUUCUCGAGCCCCCAUCGGACGACGUGGUGGUCCUCAUCAUUCCGGGCGCCGCUCACCACGCGGACUUGAGGUUCGCGCGCCCAAGCGACCCGCCGGAAUUGGUGCGCGCACGCCAGGUCGAGAAGGCCUACAUCCGCCGGUGGAUUGCCGAGGCCGACGAAGCGCCCGAACGCACUCGGAAAAAGAUACUGGUGUCCCGGAUAGCCGAGAAGAAGAAGCAAAAGAGGAAGACGCUGAUCAAGCAUCUUCUUUUCAGAUUUCCAGACAACCAAUGAGUACGCAGGAUAAAAAAAAUGCCAAAUAAAGGUUGUACUUAUUCAGGCGAAA